AUGGCAUCGCUCAAAGAAUAUGCUCUUAAAGCCGCCUCCAAAGCAAGAUCACACGUUCUCACACACUCUCAUAAUAUCUACCCAUGGCUCUUCGUUCGCAACUGUGAGGAAAUUGAAGAAGUCUUUAUCAAAUGGCUGCGGGAUCGAGCAAAUCUUGACCGCGUCUCAGAACAAACCGGAACACGGUUCGCGGAAGAUCCUUUCAAUAAUCUGGUGCAAAAAUUUGCAAUUGUAUGGACACAGAAAACAGGCAAACUUGAACGCCCGUUUCCCGGAAAAUACUUGGUGAUUCUAGCACUGGAUCGACUGGAUUCGGAUAAUGGACUUCCAAUACUUCAAGACAAAAGUGGCCUCCCUGUGGGAUUUCUAGACCCCGGUGAUUUUGUUGUUAUAUCAGGCGAUGAUACUGUAAUCCUAGGAGAUGGUUCCGGGGGAAUAACCUUGUUUAUUAUACUAAAUUUCUCAUAA